AUCAAAAUUAGCGCCCAGAGUCAAUUAUUGAAGCUGGUGAUAGUGCUAAAAGAGGCUUGAUUGUGGUUUAAAUCUCGGCUUUUGCUGACUAAGACACUCGCCUCGAUCGCCACAAUGGCUUCAACCUCGGCGCGCCCGGUGAACGAUACCAAUGAAGCACUGGCUAGCUUUUAUGCCAAGGUUGAUGAGCUUGAGAGUGUCUUCAUCGAUAGACUGGGAGAUGCAAUCAAGAUUCCGUCAAUCUCUGCUUAUGCCGACAGUAGAAAGGAUGUGUUUGCGAUGAGCGAGUGGGUUGCGACCAAGCUGAAGGCUGUCGGUGUUGAUGUGAAACUCAAAGACCUUGGCAAGCAGGAGGGCACAGAUCUUGACCUUCCUCCUCUGGUGCUGGGGCGCUACGGCAGCGACCCUGAGAAGCCAACGGUGCUUGUAUACAGCCAUUACGAUGUUCAGCCCGCAUCUAUCGAGGACGGAUGGAAGCAUGAGCCUUUUGUGAUGACGGUGGAAGAAGACGGCAAGAUUUGCGGCAGAGGCACCUCAGACGAUAAGGGUCCUCUCGUUGGCUGGAUCAACAUGAUAGAAGCUUUCCAGAAGGUUGACGUAGACGUACCGGCCAACUUGGUCUUCUGCUUUGAAGGCAUGGAAGAGACGGCGUCAUUUGGUCUCCGGCAGGGCCUAGAAGAUGAGGCGGACAAGUAUUUCAAGGACGUCGACGUAGUCUGCAUUACAGAUGUUGUUUGGGUAAGCGAUGAGCAGAUCAGUGUUCCUCAAGGACUCAGAGGCAUCAUCUUCUACCUCGUCACCAUCACUGGUGCCAAGGUGGACGCCCACAGUGGCGGGUUCGGUGGUCAAAUAUCGGAGCCAAUGACCGACAUGGUCAACAUCAUGGCUUCUUUGGUGGAUUCGAAUGGCAAGAUUCUGAUACCUGGAAUUUACGACAACGUCCAGGCCGUCACAAAGGAAGAGUAUGAAAGCUACCAGAAGCUCAACAUUUCGGAGGACUCCUUGUAUGGUGGCACCGGGGGCAGAAGCCUCCAUGAUAACCAGGCUGACGCCCUGGUCGCUCGAUGGAAGAAGCCAUCUCUCAGUCUGCACAGGAUAGAGAAUGCCCUGCCUGGAGCCGGGGCCGUCACAUCCAUACCUGCUAAACUUGUCGGAAAGUUCAGCAUCCGUACUGUGCCUUUCAUGAAGUGGGAGGACAUUGACGAGCGGGUACGGAAACACAUCAAGGACCGUUUCGAGAGUCUCGGAAGCAAGAAUGACAUUGAAAUCGAGUGUCAUCCGAAUGACUGGUUCUAUGAGGAAGCGAGUCACUGGAACUACCAGGCCGCUAUUCAAGCGACACGGGAUGUUUGGGGUGUUGAUCCUGCUCUGACCUGCGAAGGUGGAAGCAUUCCCAUCGCUUUGGAUUUCAAGAAGACCUUGAAAAAGAACGUGCUUCUUAUGCCCGUUGGUCGGCCUACCGAUGGACAACAUUCCACUAACGAGAAGUUGGAUAAGAGCAACUACAUCAACGCCAUCAAGCUUUACGGAGCUUAUCUAAAAGAGGUUACAAACUUCUGGCGCCAGAGCAAACAAGGCUUGUAAUUAGUUUCUAGAAAUAACAACGGGUUCAAAGCCGCAACUAUCUUUCCCCAACGGUCUCAAACGGUAAAAACCAACCGAGUCAAUUUCUGGAUCGUAUCUGUGCGAGCAAGGAUAACAAUUAGCGCGGGGUGCACCGAAUUGCCGCAAUAGGCAAUAUUGAACGACCAGGUGAGGGGCAAUGAAAUUGCGGGGCACGGAAUAGUUAGACACUUGAAUCGCAUCUAUGAAUACCUGACGUAGCAUUGCUCGAUUCCUCGAGUUUAUUAGUUUACGAGACUCAGAGUAUCAAAAUUCACCGCG